UCUCGACCAGAAAAAAAAACACUGACUCUCUCUCUUUCUCGAUCUCGCGAUUGCGAGAAAAAAAACUGAUGAACAAACGCCGAUUUCGUAUUACAAACCCAUGUAUUCGUGAUUUCUUAAAAUAAUUUGGAAAUUGUGAACCAUAGUUAUUAAUGAGUGAGGAACCAUGAAGGUGAGAUCAUAUGUGAAGCAGAUGUGUGAGUUUUGUAAAACAGUGAAACGUCGAGGACGUGUCUAUAUUAUCUGUUCUUCGGUUCUUCCAUUCCUAAGCACAAGCAAAGAAAGACAAGGGUUCAGCUCCUUUGCUUAUGAAGGAAUUAUACCUUUCCCGUUUAAACUACACACCUCUUCAUGCGCGUCCUGAAGGUGAUGAGAUUGAGAUUGAGGAUCAUAGAGCUCAUAGGGUGGGACGCGAAUUUUCCUUGUAAGAGGAGGACGAGUAGACACAAAAGUUUUCUUCUACAUAUCUUGAAAUUAUAUUUGAUUUUAUAAAUUUGUAAGCAGAUGAAUUCGUUGUAUAUAAAGUAUUUGAUGGAAAUCAUAUAUAUAAAAAGAGGUGAACUCUCUCUAUCACCUCAUCGCUUAAAGAGAGGACACGUGUAUUUGGUUUAAUACUAUCGGCAAACUGUUGAACUUCUCUCCCCUAUCCCUCUAAAGCAUGGACUCGUGACACUCAUCUCUCCAUCCUAUCAUUAGCUUUGGAAGCGAGAUUUUUCCUCCAAAUUCAAAACAAGUUAUGCAACUCCUAGAAGAAAAGGUAGAAGACCUUGAAACGCUAGAGCUGACCAGUUUAACAAAUUACAUAAGCAUUGAUGGUGAUGGCCUCAAACAGAGUUUGCUUGGGAAUCAAUGUUUAUUUUAUAUAUGCUUUUUUCUUGUUAUUGUUGACACCCAUAUUUCAAACUCACGAAAAGCCUCCACCGUUAGUUCAGCUGGUGAAGAUUUUAUCAGAUCGCUUAUACUAAUUUUUAGUCUUUGUGGUGAUGGAGAACAUACCAUUUUUGGUUCAAAGGGGAACUUUGGCUCCCAUGGAGAUUGCAAUAGAGAAAACAUUCAAAUAGAAAUUUGGAUGCAUGGGUGGAUUGCUCCACGGUGACCGUCGACCAUCUUUUGCUCCGGCUUCACACGUGUUUCCUGCUUCUUUCUUCUUACCUUGUGCCUCUGCGGUGGUUUUCUUGGGCUAGGUUGCGCUACGCUUUUUUUCUAUUCAAUUGGGCCUAUUGGGUUUGUCAUGUUGCUUGUUGAAAAUUUAGAAAACCGUCGAAAAACCUAUCGUCUCUUCUUGCAUGCUGAGUUCCCAUUAACUCCCAUGUUUAUGCCUCUUAGUUUUUCCCCACUAGAAUAGAAAAGUUUUGGCUCUUUCAAAUUCACUACCAUAACUUUAAUAUUAAGCAUUCGAAAUUCCAUUUGAAGUUAGUACUUAUUUAAUAGAUUAAAGUGGGUACAAUAUAAAACCCCCAAAAAAUUAUAACUAUAACUAAUAGGGUACAAAUACCGUUUUUUUACUCAUGUGAUGUGUUGAUCUUCGUUUUGUUUAAAGGCAAUUAGCUAGGUUUCUACAAUUUCGAGACCGAUACAGAUGAGUUCAGAGUACUUGACGUAGCCAUUUGUUGCAUCGUAUUUUGGUAAAUAUGCGACUACCAACAAAACAAAUGCUUUGUAAUAUGAGGUACAUGUUACAUGAUUAUAGCAUCUCUGUCUUUACUCUUUAUUUAUAUUUUUAGUUGUGUAAAAAUUUAUUCUUACAUAGACUGGCCCAUUUUCAAGACAAUCUAUGCUACAUUGAUUUUGAGAACUGCAAAAUCGAUCAAGCGACUUCAAAUUUUUUUGGUAUUAAUCUAUUUUAGUUUUUAGUUUUAAGGUUCUUUCGGUGGAGUAUCUCUCCCCCUCUUUAUAUAUAUACACAAUUAUAUGUAUAUAGAGUUUUUUGAAUUAUAAUGUGUUUGUCUUUGUUGGUGCAGAAAUCUUCUCAUAGAGAAUAUAAGAUCUAUGAACUUAAAUAAGCUUAAACGUCAACAUAAGUUUCGCAAGAAAACUUGAUCUAUUAUGGUCAUAUCUUCAACUCUUCAAAGCUAUAUGUAUAUAGAGUUAUUCAAUGAGAUUAAUGUGUAAAAAUGUUUUGUUGUUUACUUAUAAUUAUUAUGGUGGCAUGAUAAUUUUGUUGUAGACUUGGUACAUGCUUGACCUGCUCUUUGAUUCUCAAAAACAAAGAGUAAAUAUUGCUUGAAGCCAAUAGAGCUUUGUCAAUGAAGGUAUAUAUCAUAUAUACAAUAAGUUAUGCAUUUGCUGAAUUCUGUUAGUGCCCAAUCUUGUGGUCAAUC